AAACCAGCUGAAUUUGUACAUCAUUUGAAAUGUAGCUGUGGCAGAAAUGGGGAGGAAUAGAGUUAUACAUUAACUCCACCUCUUAUUAAACGCCCAGCAUCUCUCAGUCUCCCACCCCUACAGCAUCUCAGCUCUUUAAAAGCAGCCCAUGUUGCAUUUCUGGGCAAUUUGAUCUAAUUAUUGUCUUUAGACACCUGAUUUCUCUUAUUCAUCCACACUUCUACUUCCAUUGAAUGUCAGAGAGACCUGGAAGAGAGAAGAUUAUUCACUGAAAACAAGCUUUUCUGUCCUGGACGAAGAUGGUUUCUUUUCCUUAUUUACUAACCAUUUUGGUUACCAUUCAACUCAGCUUAUCUGGCUCCAACUCCCUUGUAUUAGGCUUGAGGAAGAUCUGCUCAUUGUGCAAUGGGCCCUCAGGGGACCUCAAGGGCCACCGAGCUGAACGUUUAUCCGGGGAGGAGAUCACAUCCAUGUUGGCAUUAGAUGAACCCUGUGGGGUUUACACCCUACCGUGUGCUCAGGGUCUUCGGUGUAUCCCUCUUCCCGGGGAGCAAAGCCCCCUUCAGGCACUGCUUCAGGGACGAGGGGUCUGCAAACACAUCAAAAGCACCAUUACUGACAUUCCUCCACCUACAGACUACCAACCAUCAACCACUGAUAACAAUGAAAAGGGUCCUUGUCGUAAACUGUUAAACACAGUCCUCCAAAGUAUUGAGCUCACGAUCAUUCAUUCAAUUCAGGACAUCUACAUCCCCAACUGUGACAGACAAGGCUCCUUCAGGAGGAAACAGUGUCGCUCAUCAAGGGGAAUGCAAAGAGGCCAGUGCUGGUGUGUUGAUGACAAAGGAUCAAAGAUGUCAUCCCGUAAAAGAAAUGAUGGAACUAUCUCAUGUAACAGUGUCUGAGAAUUAUGACAUAAAUCUGGACCUGAAAUGUGUUUAGAAAGGACUGAGAGCGAGCCAGCGAAAGAGAUGACAUACACUGAGAACUCUAUGACCA